GCGAGCAGCAGGAGUAGCAGAUCCCAGAACCUCCGUGAGACGGCAGUGAAAAAGACUAAUGACCCAGCAUGAGGAGCCAGUCAUUCCAGUAACAUGGACAAGUACGAAAAGGUGAAGAAAAUUGGGGAAGGUUCAUUUGGAAAAGCCAUCCUUGUCAAAUCAAAAGAGGAUGGACGCCAGUAUGUCAUCAAGGAGAUCGGCAUAUCUGGAAUGUCAAAUAAAGAAAGGAAGGAAUCUCGAAAAGAAGUUGCUGUUCUCGCCAAAAUGAGUCAUCCCAACAUUGUCCAGUAUAAGGAGUCUUUUGAAGAAGGGGGCUGUCUGUUUAUUGUGAUGGACUACUGUGAGGGUGGAGACCUCUUCAAGAAGAUCAACUCUCAGAAAGUACUGUUCUCAGAAGAGCAAAUCCUGGAUUGGUUCGUGCAGAUUUGCUUGGCACUGAAACACGUACAUGAUCGAAAAAUCCUCCACAGGGACAUCAAAUCGCAGAACAUAUUUUUGACAAAAGAUGGGACUGUUCAACUUGGGGACUUUGGAAUUGCAAGAGUGCUGAACAGCACUAUAGAACUGGCAAGAACAUGUAUAGGAACACCAUACUACCUGUCACCAGAGAUCUGUGAAAAUAAACCAUACAACAACAAAAGUGAUAUUUGGGCCCUAGGGUGUGUCCUGUAUGAAAUGUGCACUCUUAAGCAUGCAUUUGAAGCUGGCAACAUGAAGAACUUAGUUCUGAAGAUCAUUCGUGGCUCGUACCCUCCCGUCUCUGUUCACUACUCUCAAGAACUCCGCUCUCUCUUGGCCCUACUGUUUAAACGCAACCCGCGAGAAAGGCCCUCAGUCGGCAGCAUUCUGGACAAACCUUUUCUGUCCUGUAGGAUAGAGAGGUUCCUCACACCACAGCUCAUCGCUCAGGAAUUUCGCCAUACUUUUCUUCACAAGCAGCCUAAUGUGGGUGUGUUGCAGGGGCCACCAGCCAAGCGUCCUGCCCCUGGCUCCAUACCACUCGCCCCAGCCCAGAAGAUUACCAAACCAGCCACCAAAUACGGAGUGCCUUUAACUGUGAAGAAGGUGUCAGAUGCAGCCAAAAAGCCUGCAGAGAGGAAACCGGCUAUAAAACAUAAACCGGCCCCUCUCCCAGCAGCCCCCCAGAGAAGAGAGGACGAGGAAGAGAGGAAAAAACAUGAGGAUGGCAUCAGAAAGAAAAGGAUGGAGCUGAUUGAGAAAGAAAGGAAACAGAGGGAGCAGAUGUUCCUGUUGAAGGCAGAGCAAAUGAAGAGAUAUGAAAAGGAAAAGAUCAAUCGCAUAAACCAAGCCAGAGAACAAGGCUGGAAGCAUCUCUUGAGUUCUAGUGGAGGUAGCAGCCCAGAGAGGAAGUGUUUUGUAGGUGGGAGGAAGAGGGCUGCAGGUGUUGCCCCCCCUGCCCCAGGCUCUGUUCAGGGUCCUACUCCAGCCCCUGUCCCAAGCAAAAGCCCUUAUGAGCACUACCACGCUGCUCUGGACCAAAUGGCUAAACCACAGCCUAAAGACAUCAGCAGGAAGGCAUCCUCUGCGGGACCGGGCAGUCCCAUUCGAGGUGUACCGGCUGCUGCUGGGCCGGUGUUAUCCAACGGCCCUGCCCAGCUCCUAAACCACAAUGCACUCAAGAGAGAACUUCAGAAGCUGCAGCUCGUUUCUACACAAGCUCGUAUCAGUAGGCAGCGUGGUCAGAUGGCUGUUGACCGGGCUGAUCAGGUUGAGGAGUUUUUACAGCGUAAGAAGGAAGCCAUGCUCAACAAAGUCCGUGCUGAGGGACAACUGGGCACUCGGCAAAACCUGGCUGCAAUCUAUGGAAGCUGGGCUGGUUCGGUUCAGUGCACGAGACCCAGAGCCAACAAAGAGGAGGAGGAAUACUUGAAGAAACUGAGGCAGAUCCGUUUGCUGAACUUCAAUGAGCGUCAGCAGAUCAAAGCCCGACUCAGAGGAGAGAAGUAUGACAGUGAUGGUUCAGACAGCCAGGAGUCCAAUGAGGAGGCAGAGCUCAGGAGAAAGAAGACCGAGGCUUUAAAAGCCCAAGCAAAUGCCCGUGCUGCUGUACUGAAAGAGCAACUAGAGAAGAAGAGGAGAGAAGCUUAUGACAGAGAAAAGAGAGCUUGGGAAGACCAUCUUGCAGCGCGGGGGGUGAAGGUUGGCAUGGCAGCAGGAAACAUAGCGGCGGCGGCAGCGGUGGCAGUAGCAGUAUCAACUACCUCUGACAGUCCUCUUCCACAGCCCAGUCCCUCUCAGCCAGAACCAGCUGCCAGAGCUCCAGCCCUGCCUGCAUCUAAAGCCUCCACCCCGGCUAUAUCCAUGACUGCUGCGCUGAAGAAUGUUGGAGCAAUUACUCCACUAAAAGAAAACCUGCCAGAGCCAGAGGCAGCUACAGUCAUUCAGAGUGAGAAAAAGCAGAUACUGCGCAGACUUAACCAGAACCUAAAGGCCCAGAGUCCACUGGAGGAGGCCGAGGUGUCGCCUCCACCCCCUGCAGAACCAACUCCAGCUCCCCAGCAGAACCAGUCUGACACAGAUAAUCGUCCUCCUUCAAACGGAGACCGAAAGAAGUGGGAUGCAGCAGAACUGCCUGUACUUCCUGUUGCUCAGCAAACCCUGGGAGAAACCUGCGCCACAACGACUGUCACCUCAGUGUCUCCUGAAGACAGGCCGUCCUCUGGUGGAGACAGGAAGAAGUGGGAGGCAGGGGUUCCACUCGUCCUCUCUGUAGCCCAACAAACUCUGGAGGAGACAUGCAUCACGACCAUUGAGCAAACAGCGGGUGAAGUUAUACAGAUGGGUGUGCUACAGGAGGAAAAUCCAAGGAAGAUGUGGGGCGCGAGUCCAGACUGUCAGGUGCUGAAGGUCCUUCAGGAGGCAGAGCUUCAGCCUCUCACUCAGCAGCUGGAGAAUGUCACCCUCUGUGAGGAAGGGUUUCCCAGCCCCGAUAAGUCUCACCCAGCGGCAGAACCUGAGAUUAUGAGGACACCUAAAGAAGUGUUGACCUCUAAGACAACUCCACCUGCUGCGCUUCAGAGCCCUGAGGCUCAGAAGGAGAGAGCGGCUCAAACAGAGGCCUCACAUCAGGAAAUGUCUGUGGCCGGCACGGUGGAAAGAGUGACACUGCCACCCAACCUCACUGAGGCUCAGGAUCCUGCAGACAUGGAGCCAUUGGUUUUGGAAGAGACACCUAAAAUGGCCUCACACCCUCCAGCUGGUGUGCAGCAGGCGUGGGAGCAGGACGCCCAACAGCCCUCGCCACCAGAGGGCAUGAAAAGACCAACAGACACCAAGGAGGGUGAGAAGAGUGGAGAAAAACCAGCAGAAUCUUCUGGUGUAGCACAGUGCGAGGAGCCUUUGUUUAUGAAGUUGUGCUCCCCAGCCCAUCGGCGCACUGCUGCCCUUGCAGUCCUCUCAGCCCAGUCCUCUAUGGAUGAAUCAUCCUCCUCUCUGGCCUCUCGCUCGCGCUCCGUCUCACCUCUGCGCUCCAAACACCACAACUCGCUCCUCAUUGGUCUCUCUGCGGGCAUGUUUGACUCCAACAACCCCAAGAUGCUGCGGACAUGCUCUCUACCCGACCUCAGUCGUCUCUUCAGUGCUCAGCAGGACUCUGCAGUGGCUAGUGAUGCUAAUGUCGCCCCAGACAACAACCUUGAAAUCGAGGACCUGGAUGAGGCAGCUAAAGAUGACAACCAGUCAGAGACUGAAGAUGGAUAUGAGGAUGAAGACCUGCGGGACAUCAGGGCCUCCAUGGAGAGACUACUGCAAGAAGAGGGUGACUUAAUGAGGAUCCCUCCAGAGGUUGGAGCAGGAGACUUUAAUGGAAACCCUCCAGAGAGCGAAGACCAAGAGUUUUUUAACAGGAUAGCAGCUGAGAUCGAUCAGGACAACAAUCAGAUGGCUGUAGACGAUGACGAUGACGAAGAAGAAGAUGAGGAGGAGGAGGAGGAGGAAGAAGGCGAGGAGGAGGAGGAGGAGGAGGAGGAUGAAGAAUGCUCCAAUGGGAGUCCUGGUGAUGAGGAAGCAGGGGAGUUGUUCACCAAUGGCGUGGGAGAAGAGAACCACAGUAAUAACAGCCAGCUCAAUGAAGAGUGGCAUUCAGAUGGCAGUGGAGAGGACCAGGGCGGAGAGGCCGAGCACCAUGACAGCAUCUUCAGUCGGCUGGAAGAGCUUCGCUUCAACCUGGAGCAGCAGAUGGGCUUUGAGAAGUUCAUUGAGGCCUACAAUAAGAUUAAGGCUAUACAUGAAGAUGAAGAUGAGAAUAUCGACCUGGGCUCCAGUUUAGUCUUCGGCAUUUUAGGAACUGAGCACCAGCAUCUGUAUCCCAACAUCCUUCAUCUAGUGAUGGCAGAUGGCGCAUACCAAGAAGAUAAUGAUGAGUAGUGUUUUCUGGAAUGGAGCUGCUGGCAGCUAUGACAAUCUGCUGGCUACCUGAUGUCUUCCCAUGACGCACAUCAUCGGCAGAAGGAUCUAUGCAUGAAGUGUCGCAGCCAUGCAUCUAACAGUGUUUCAGGCACACUUGCAUGAUGAGUAACUUGUACACUCAAGGCUGUAUUUCAUAUUUUGACUAUCAGCACCUGACACUAUUUUCUAACCUGUGUUCAUUCGAAAGUGCUUUAUCAAAUACAUGUUCUUGUUAACCAAAGUUAACUUCAAGGCUCUGUCAGAUGUUCGUGUCUGUAAAUGACACACGUAUUGUCGCACUAAUUAAUAGUAUAAACUCUAUUAUGUCUCAGUUUGUUGUUGGUUCGGUUAGACUCCGUAGUGGCAUUUUAUUUUGGCGGGCAAAGAUCUGGUCCUCUCAGGUGCUCAACCAUAGAUUCAAGACAUAAACCAGGUCACCCUCAAAACUAAUGAUUUACUCAGAAACCAGUUGAACCUCCUUUUCUUAAAACUCUUUUCACCAGACAAGAAGUUAAAUAUUGUCUAAUACAUUUUCCACAUUUCUUACUGUUUCGGUUAACCCAAAUCAAUUAAAAGAUUGUGAGACUGUUGUGUGUUGCCAAGGUACUGUAGCAAGUCUGUGGCAUCGAAGUGCAGGGUGUGGUAUAGUGAGCCAGGUCAGGUUUCUGUUCAGUGCAGAGUUGUACUAAUGAUGUAAGCAAUGGUACAGAUAUUAACAAUAAUUCAGAUAUGAUUAUAAAUUAAAUAUUGUAAAUCUUUAUAUGAAGUAAUAAAAGCUUUUUUUGAGAA